AGACAAUCAAAGUACUUCCGGUGACUCCGGAUGUGAAGACUCCUAAGCUCCUCCGCCGGCGGAGGGCCAAGGUGAAGGAUGGCCGGGCGGACCGCGCGGCUGGUGCUGCUGGCCGGAGUGGCCACGCUCGCCAGCGGCUCCCAGGGCGACCGCGAGCCGGUGUACCGCGACUGCGUGCUGCGGUGCGAGGAACGGAACUGCUCAGGGGACGCGCUGAAGCACUUCCGCUCCCGCCAGCCAAUCUACAUGAGCCUAGCAGGCUGGACCUGUCAGGACGACUGUAAGUAUGAGUGUAUGUGGGUUACCGUUGGCCUCUACCUCCAGGAAGGUCACAAAGUGCCUCAGUUCCAUGGCAAGUGGCCCUUCUCCCGGUUCCUGUUCUUCCAAGAGCCAGCUUCUGCUGUGGCCUCUUUCCUGAAUGGGCUGGCCAGCCUGGUGAUGCUCUGUCGCUACCGCACCUUCGUGCCAGCCUCCUCUCCUAUGUACCCCACCUGCAUGGCCUUCGCCUGGGUCUCCCUCAAUGCUUGGUUCUGGUCCACAGUCUUCCACACCAAGGACACGGACCUCACAGAGAAAAUGGACUACUUCUGCGCCUCCACCGUCAUCCUCCACUCCAUCUACCUGUGCUGCGUCAGGACUGUGGGGCUGCAGCGCCCAACGGUGGCCAGUGCCUUCCGGGCCGUCCUGCUGCUGCUGCUGACCAUGCACAUCUCCUACCUGAGCCUCGUCCGCUUUGACUAUGGCUACAACCUGGCGGCCAACGUGGCCAUUGGCCUGGUGAACUUGGUGUGGUGGCUGGCCUGGUGCUUGUGGAACCGGCAGCAGCUGCCUCACGUGCGCAAGUGCAUGGCGGUGGUCCUGCUGCUGCAGGGGCUGUCCCUGCUCGAGCUGCUGGACUUCCCGCCUCUCUUCUGGGUCCUGGAUGCCCACGCCAUCUGGCACAUCAGCACCAUCCCCGUCCACGUCCUCUUUUUCAGCUUCCUGGAAGAGGACAGCCUGUACCUGCUGAAGGGAUCGAAGCUGGACUGAAGGCCCGGGAGCCAGUCUGCCCUCGUGGGGACUCUGCCCGCCCCCUGCUGGCUCCUCUUCUCCCCAGCCCUUGCGGUGAUUUAUUUUUUGAACUUACACAUGAGGGUGUGGGCCCAGAAUCAUGUCAUAGGCCCACCACCUUGCUCGCCCCACAUGGCCCUCACAGGCAUGUGUUGGGGCCUGGCCUCUGAGCAUCUGGGGCUAGAGGAUGGGCAGCCCCUCUGGUUCCUGAACUGAGCUGUGUUCUUAGCUCCGCCAAGAGGAGAGCUGCCUCUGCUUUCCCGUCAGCCACCUCCUCGCAGCCCCUCACCGCCUGGUGGUGGCCGGAGACCUCUGUCCAGCUGGGAGACCGGCUACCAGGCCUUCUUGGAUGCAGUGGGAUUUCCUCCUGUUACCCCCGUGCCGUCCUCCAGGGACCGCUAGGUGGCACUAGACGCUUGCUCUUUGGCUGCCCAUGUUUCCAGGCCCGAUGCACUCCACCCCAUGGGGUCUUGAGAGACCAAGCAGUUGGGACUGGUGGGCACAGGCCUGAGUGUGUGGGAUGCUGGGUGUGUGGGACAGUGUGUGUGAACCCUGGCCUGGUGCAGUGUGGAGAGUGGAGGCGUGGGGUGUGAGUGGUUUUAAAGUGUGUGUGUUGUUAAUCCCUGACCGGGUCUUAAAGCUCAGCUGGUUAAAGCGUCGUCCCGAUGUGCCAAGGUUAUGGGUUCAGUCCCCGGUCAGGACAUAUACAAGAAACAAGCAGUGAAUGUAUAAAUAAAUGGAACAACAAACCGAUGUUUCUCUCUCUUCCUCUCUAAAAUCAAUAAAA